GGCGACCAGGGGCUGGCGCUGCGGCGAGAGCAGCAGGGAAGGAGGUGUGCGGCGCCCGCCCCCACCCGCGCUGCCCGGAGCCGGAGGCGCAGCCAGGCGCUGUCCCAGCCCCAUCCCGGCGCCCAGCGCAGCACCGAGCCCGCCAGGCAGCCCUUCCCUGCGCAGAGGUGGCAGCAGCAGGCGGCAUGACGGCGGAGGAGAUGAAAGCGGACGGAGCUCCCCUGGAAGGGGUGGACAUCACUCCCAAGCAGGAUGAGGGCGUUCUSAAGGUUGUCAAGAGAGAAGGCAGUGGGAUGGAGUCUCCAAUGAUCGGUGAUAAAGUGACUGUCCAUUACACAGGAUGGCUUCUUGAUGGCACAAAAUUUGACUCCAGUCUGGACAGAAGAGACAAAUUCUCAUUUGAUUUGGGGAAAGGUGAGGUGAUCAAAGCAUGGGACAUUGCUGUGGCCACUAUGAAGAUCGGUGAAAUCUGUCGGAUUACGUGUAAACCAGAAUAUGCCUAUGGCUCAGCUGGGAGCCCCCCAAAGAUACCUCCCAAUGCUACACUGAUUUUUGAGAUAGARCUUUUUGAGUUCAAGGGGGAGGACCUCACUGAUGAAGAAGAYGGUGGCAUCAUCCGAAGAAUCCGUAAAAAGGGGGAGGGCUACUCCAAGCCCAAUGAGGAUGCACUUGUAGAGAUCCAGUUUGAAGGCCGACAUGGAGAUCGUGUUUUUGACAAGAGGGAAUUGAGGUUUGAGAUUGGAGAAGGUGAAAACUUYGAUAUUCCUCAUGGGCUGGAGAAAGCAAUUCAAAAAAUGGAGAAAUCUGAGGAAUCUGUGUUCUAUCUCAAACCCAGCUAUGGUUUUGGAAGUGCUGGGAAUGAGAAAUUUAAGAUCCCUCCAGACGCAGAGCUGCAGUAUGAAGUGAAACUCAAAAGCUUUGAAAAGGCUAAGGAGUCUUGGGAAAUGAACACAGAUGAGAAGYUGGAGCAGAGCUCUAUUGUGAAGGAGAGAGGCACUCAGUACUUCAAGGAGGGGAAAUACAAGCGGGCAGCAUUACAGUAUAAGAAGAUCGUGUCGUGGCUGGAGCAUGAGUCUGGGCUCUCUGAGGAGGAGGAAUCAAAAGCCAAAAGCUUGAGGCUUGCUGCCCACCUUAAUCUAGCUAUGUGCCAUCUCAAGCUAAAGGAGUACUCCCAGGCUUUGGAGAACUGCAACAAGGCGCUCGAAUUGGAUAGCAACAAUGAAAAAGGCCUCUUCCGGCGUGGGGAAGCUCACUUGGCUGUCAAUGACUUUGAGUUGGCCCGAGCAGACUUCCAGAAAGUGAUACAGCUUUAUCCAAGUAACAAAGCUGCCAAAGUGCAGCUGGUAACUUGUCAGCAAAAAAUACGGGAGCAGCAUGAGAAGGAGAAAAAGAUGUACGCCAACAUGUUCCAAAGGCUUGCGGACAAAGACAUAAAGUCAUCCUCUACUCUUCAGACAAGCCACACUGAAGAUGCAGAAAUGAAAGAUGCGCAGAAUGGAGUUGAAGAUAAAUCAGAAGUUGAAGCAGAAGCAUAAAAACAAACCCUAUUCCAUUAGUUUUGUAAAUGAAAGAAUUUCCAGUGAAUUAGACCUUUAUUUUUCUACCUGGUUGGAUAGUGGCUUCAAGGGAGCAGAGGCUGAAGCCACCAUGCCACAGUCAGUUACAGCUUUAUGUGGCUGUUCAAGAAGCUGAGUGGCAGCAUAAAUCUGGUUUAAUCCUAAUGACUUUAUUUAUUCAUUCAGCCUCUGUUACUGUUUGGGUUCUGUCUGGAUUUACUCUGCUUGGUUUAUUUGCAUUUUCAUAGAAUCAUAGAAUGGCUUGAGWUGGAAGGGACCUCAAAGAUCUAGUUUUAACCCCGCCUGCUGUGGACAGGGAUGCCCUUUACUAGAGCAGGUUGCUCAGAGCCCCAUCCAGCCUGGUCUUGAACACUUCAGGGAUGGAACAUCCACAGCUUCUCUGGGAAACCUGUUCCAGUGCCUCACCACCCUCACAGUAAAGAAUUUCUUCCUAAUAGCUAAUCUUAACCUGCACUCUUUCAGUUUGAAACCAUUCCCCCUWGUGCUGUCACUAGUUUCCCGUGUAAAUAGUCUCUCUCCUGUUUCUUGUAGGCUMCCUUCAGGUACUGGAAGACCACAGUUUGGUCACCCCAAAGCCUUUUUCCCAAGCUGAACAAUCCCAGUUCUCUCGGCCUUUUCUCAUAAGGAGAGGUGCUUGAUCCCUCUAAUCRUCUUGGUGGCCUUCCUCUGGGCUUGCUUCAACAGGUCGAUGUCCUUCCUUUGCUGGGGACCCCAGAGCUGGAUGCAGCACUGCAGGUGGKGUCUCACCAGAGCAGAGGGUCAAUGUCCCCUCCUUCACCCUGCUGCCCAUGCUGCUGUGRAUGGCAGCCCAGGGUACAAUUGGCCUUCUGGGCUGUGACUGUGCAUUGCUAACUCAUGUCCAGCCUCUCAUCCAACAGCACCCCUAAAUCCUUCUUGGCAGGGCUGCUCUGGAUCUGUUCAUSCCCCAGCCUUUAUAGAUACCAGGGGUUGCCCCAACCCAGGUGCAGCACCUUGCACUUGGCCUUAUUAAGCCUCAUUAACACAUGUGCCCACUUGUCAAGCUUGUCYAUGUCCCUCUGGAUUGGCAUCCCAUCCUUCAGGUUUGUCAGCUGGCCCACUCAGCUUGGUGUCAUCUGCAGACUUGCAGAGGGUGCACUGUGUCCCUUCAUCCACAUCAUUAAUGAAGAUGAUAGUAACUCUGAUCCCAAUACRGACCCCUGAGGGACACCACUUGUCACUGGUGUCCAUCGGGACGCUGAGCCGUUGACCACUACCCUGUGGAUGUGACCAUCUCUUACCCAUCAAACUGUCCACCCAGUGAAUCCCAGCUCUCUCCAGUUCAGAGAGAAGGAUGUUGUGGGGAACUGUCUAAGGCAGAAAUUUACAGAAAUGAAAAUAAAUGACACCUGUAGCCCUUCCCUUGUCCACUGGUGGAGUCACCACUCCAUCACUGAAGGCCACCAGGCUGGUCAGAYAGGACUGGYCCUUGGUGAAGCUGUGCUGGCUGUCCCCAGUCACCUCCCUGUCCUCCACGUGCCUUAGAUAGCAUCUAGGAGGAUCUGUUCCAUGAUCUUCCUAGGCACAGAGCUGAGGCUGAGACAUUGGUAGCUCCCAUUUGUCAUUGGUGUUCAUUUCUUUCUGCUUCCAGCUUACUUUAAUCCCAGGUUCUGCUUUCUAAAUUUAUUUCCUUGAUUUCAUUCAAGUAAAUAGGUUUUUCCAGGAGUCCUCAUGUGAGACUUAAGAACAAAUUGGCGCUCCCACUUCUUCUGCCUUGGGGUUGCCCUCUUUCCCCUGUUCAGUAGGGAGUCCCUUCCAUUARGUAUUGUAACCUUUCUUGUAUGCCUCCUCUUUGCAAAUUGCUGAAGGUGCAGACUGUGAAGUCACAGCUUAAGUAAUAAAGCUCCAAUUAAACUCCAGAAAA